UUCCGUCUUUGACUUCAGCCCCCUCCCUCCCGUCGAAGUCCUUCUUCUUCUUCUUCCUCUCUUAAUUCAGUGGGAAUGAGAACUUAGCAACGCUAAUUUGGAGCUGCGAUUUGUCUCUACUGAAGGAACCGCGAAGAUUUUGGAAGUUUUCUUUUGGGAAUUCUUUCUUAAUUUGCUUUGCGUCCAAGAAAAGAAUUUCAUGCAGAAUUUCUCCUGCUCUCUUUCGUCCACAGAUUUAUGGCAAACCUUCAUUAAUUGCUGAGGUGUGGCCAGCAGGUGUUUGGAGGGGCCAGAUUUUGGAGCAAGAUGGCCACUGGAUUGACUGCUAAAAUUCGAUUGGUUAAGUGUCCUAGAUGUCGCCGGCUUCUUCCAGAGUUGCCUGAUAUUCCUGUUUACAAAUGUGGUGGAUGUGGAGCUGUUCUUCAAGCGAAAAAUCGAAGAGAUAGUUCCCACGACACGGAAUUGGGCUCACAAAACAGAGAUUCUGCCCAGAGGCAUGAAGUCAACCCUCCUUCUGAAGAUAGGGAGCCUAGCAUUUCAAGCCAUGGAGCAAUUAUUCCACUCCGUGGCGAGUCUAAUUUGGAAUUGAACAAUGAGAGGGAUAGAAAUGAAUCUGGAGAAUGGGGUAGUGAGAGGCUUGUUCAUACGACUUUGAGUGAGCAGCUAAUGAAUGCUAGAAAUAAUGGCGAAUCUCAUCACGAGAAUGGCGAACUCUCGGAUGGAGAUCUUUUGAAAGCAGAGGAAGCUAGCAUUUCUUCAUCAAGUCAUGAAGCAAUUAUUCCAUCCUCAGGCGAGUGUGUUAUAGACCCAGAUGUUGAGAAGGAUCAAGACGAAUCUGGCAGUGAGCAACUUGUUCGUAGGAAGUUGGGUGAACGCCAAAAGUACGCUAGAAACAAUGACAAACCUCGUGCCAGCGACGAUGGGCGAUCAGGAUUUCCAAAUCAAGUUUAUUACGAAGAAGAGUGCUCUUAUCAUGAGAAUGGCAAGCUCCCAAUCCCAUCCAGAGAUCCUUCAGUAGGCGAGGCAGAUAGCAUUUCAAGUCCUGAAGCAACUAUGUCAUCCUCUGGCGAGUGUUUUAUUGACCCAAAUGAUAUAAAGGUUCAGAAGGAUCAGAAUGAAUCUGGGGAUUGUAGUCUGGAGCAGCUUGCUGAUAUAAAUUCAAGUGAAUGCCUAAAUAAUGCUGGAAGCAAUGAUGAAUCCCGGGCUUUCCACGAUGAGCAACCAGGCGGCUCAAACCAAUUCUAUUCUAGAAUCGAAUUUGCUUCUCAUGGGAAUGCCAAGCUCUCGGGACAAGGUCCUACAGAAGAAGAGGAAACUAGCACUUCAAGUCAUGAAGUAAUAACAAUCCCGUUCUCUGGUGAGUCCAUUGUGGAUCCUAAUGAUGAGAAAGAUCGAAAGGAAGGAGAUGAAUACAACCGUAGCGAACAACUUGUUCAGAUAACUUCGAGCAAACACCAAAAGAAUGCCAGCAAUGGUGACGAAUCUCCUGCUCCUGCUUGUCACGACGGUCAAUCUGGAUUUUCAGACAAAGCGUUUUUCGUGAAUGGGGUUGCUACUUGUGGGAAUGAAAAGCUCCCAAGUGGAGAUUCUUCAGAAUCGAUAGAUGAGAUCUUACUGUUGGGAGAAGAAAGUCCAGAAGCAGAUGAUAGGAAGAAGAUUCAUUCUAAUUUAGAAUGCUCAGGUAUUUCCAAUGAAGUAGCUAAAAGUUCUAUUAUUACUGCUGAUACACAAGUGGGGACAAGCAUUUCAUCUAAAAUUCUUGCUCCACUUUCCGAACGAGUCAAGGAACCCGAGGAAACGAUUAGCCAUGAUCUUGACCAUCGAAACUCUGUAGAUAAUUUUGAAUGUUCCGAAGUGAAUCAAUGUGCUGAACCUAGUGAUGCCCUUCUUGGUAUGGUCAAAUCUCCAACCACCAAGGGUUCUCCUGCAUAUGAUGGAAGUGUAUCCUCAUACGAUGGAAUGGACGAUCAGAUUUUGGACCAUCGUAGAUGUUCAUCAAGGAACAUUCAUGGAACUUCCAACUUUCUUACUGCCGUAGAAGGUCCAAAAAGGGAAGAAUCAUUGGUGAACAGUAACGCAGUGGCUAGAGAUUCUGAAAUUCCAAUUGAAGCAAGGAGUUCCUGGAAAAAUUUGUCUCGUGAGAAGCAUCAUGACAUAGAGUACCAUGAAAGGAGUCAAAAUAGAAGACAUGACUUUUCAAUGCAAAAUAGAAGCAGGUUAAGGAGAGAGAAAUAUCAUAAGUUGUCAUUACUCGGAAGGGAUUGCCAUGGUGGCUACGAAAAUGGCAGCACUUCAGGUUCUAUGUUUGACGAGUCCUGUGAUUCAAGAUUGCAUUCAUCAGACAAUUUUGCGGACCAUGAUGAGGAAAAGGUUAGAUUGUUGAGAAUGGUUUAUGAACUGCAGGAUAAGCUAGAGAAAAGUUGCAAUCUUAAUGGAAACGGUAGUGGAAGAGUUUCCAUGGGAUCUGCUCAAAAGGAUGCAUGGGCGCCAGUGUACUAUGAUCAUCAGAUUCCUCAGGAGGAAAGCUGGCAUGACUCAGAAUAUCCUUCUUACUCCCAAAGAAAUGAGCGUCGAACUAGUUAUCCUGGACACAAUUCUUUGUCGCGGAUGACUUCUGGUGCAAAGACUGUUUCUGGGCCACAAAUGAACCGUUUUGGCAUGGAACACUUCCCUGAUAACUGCCCUCACUCAAUGCAGCUGCUUCCAUCUGAACGCUGGCAUAAUCGAGGGUCCCGUAUGGCGCAUAUCGAUCAUGACUAUUAUAGUUCUUACAGCUCGUGUCCCUCGAGUCCCCAACAUUUUCUUAGCACACAGUUGUCUGCAAGGGGCAGUCAUAUGCAGUCUCAUCUCAGCCAUCGAAAUCAUGAGAGGAAUUAUCUGAGAGAGAAAAAUCGUGUGGUGAAGCAUCAUCUUCGGCCAAUGGCGGGAGGCGCCCCUUUCAUAACUUGUUACUACUGCUUGAAGUUGCUGCAGAUUCCUGCAGAAUUUCUCUUAUUGAAAAGGAGAUGCAAUCAGCUCAAGUGCGGUCAUUGCUCAAAGAUUCUUGAGUUUUCUCUUGAGAGCAGAACUCAUAUUGUUCCAUAUGCACACAGAGCUGCAGAACUUCCGCCAUCUGAGACCAACGAAUGCGAUGAUUAUGCUCUCGCGAUUGGCAAAAGUGGCUCCAGAGAAAUAGAUGAUUCUAUUGUUUUUCCGCAUCCGCCCCGCCGAGACAUGGAUAUGAAAUUCAAGAAUCUAAAGACAGGAUACCAGUCUGGUGAGCCUUCCUCCCACGCCUACAAAGCUGAUAAGUAUUCCUCCGAAGUCAGAAAACACUCUACCUUGUCAAAUUCGCCACUUCAUCGACUCAUGGGCUAUUCUUCUCCAAGCCAAGUCAUAAGAGGGUUAGUGACAUCAAGAAGCCUGCAGAGGAAAAACUAAGGUAAUGAGAAUGGAAAGGGAAUAAGAAUGAAUGAGAAUGGUAGUAGCUAGGAAGGGAAUUGAAAUGAUUACUUCUUUUGAACCCGACAUUAUAACAUGUAUGAUUUUAGUUUUCUGAGGAACUGAUGAAGCUGAAACUUCUGGAUCUGCUAACCAUGCUAGGCGUUACAAGCUCGACGACGUUUUUGGCAUUCUUCCACGUAAAAUAAUGUAUUUAUAGAUUCAUUACAAGUAUAGACAGCUACCUUUUGCUUCUUUGGUUUGUAUUUAAUGCAGGUUACAGGAGGUUUGAUAUGUCGUUAAUAGAGACGGGAAUAUGUUAUAUAAAGGUUAUGUAUAUUACAUUACGUUCAUAUAAGGAAAGGGAUAAUUACAUUUGAGUUAUUUA